AUGACUGCUCACGUUCCUGCACGCCAGCCCUUUGCGGCCCUGGAUGGCCCUCGUUUGAGGAACCUGACCAGUGCGAAGAACCGCCAGAACUCCAUUUCUGCUUCUGCAUUCCCGUUCCCCUCGUCUGGCAAGCAAUCUAAGUACUCGCCAUCCAAGCGUCGCCACACGACCUCUCCCUUCGAUGAAGCCUUCGACAGCGAGAACGUCGACCCUGCUGUUUUUGAUUCGCCCACCAAACGCUCCAAGAACUUGGAUGGAAGCCCGAAGAAGGUCUCCAAGUUCGUCGUGAGCACUGAUGCCGUGCCCGCUGCUUCGCCUGCCACUCGCUGCUCGAAGCCUCUGUCGUCCAUUGAGAAGCCGCGAACAUCCUCUGUGCCCACCCAGUCGACUAUCAGCACCAGCCGCGGUUCCCCGAAGCACAAGCGUGUUGGCCUCCUGUCCAAGCGUCGUACCACUCGCAUUGAUCCGCCGUCCUUUGGUCUCAGCCCUCGCCACAACGCUGGUGUGCCUUUCUCCAUCGACGCUGCUCUGAGCGGUACCAUUUCCGACCACGUGCCCGCCCCUAAGCCUGCUGCGCGCAAGCCCGCCCCCACCCUUGAUGAGGCAAUGCCCAAGGGUUGGUUCUUUGAGAUCCACGAGGACAGCCCUGAAGAGGAAGCUACAAACAUGAUGGAGCACUCCGCACUUGUCCUGGACAUCUCAUCCGACGAUGACUCCGACACUCGUGCCGAGAACGAGUCACGCGAGAAGGGCAAGGAGAACAUCCCGCCGCCUGAUUAUUACCUUGUCGCGAGCUCCCGCUCUGCGAACGGCCCCGACGCUGGUUCCGAGCCGAGGAAGAUCAAGCAGCGCCGCAAGGUUGAGAAGGACGCCAUGGAGGAGGAUCGCUCGCCGCUCUCCGCUCUGCCUGCCUCGGACUACUUCGGAGAAGGGCUUGACGGGAACUCGUACGUCAUCGUCGAUGGCACUGCCCCAGAGAAGCCUUCCUCGCUGUCAAAGGAGUGCACCUUUGACGACGUCCCGUCACGAGAGGGGAAAGAUACCGCUACCGCCACCGCUACUAUCACCAAGUCUGCAAAGAACGCUUGCAGCACUGGCAAUGACCUCGAACCAGCCAUUCCUGAGGUCUCUCCGUCAGAAGAGAGCAACGACUUCGUCAUCUUUGACGAGUCCGCAGCCGAGGCGCCAGACACGAGCACGCCUGCGAAGGUUUAG